AUGAAACGCGCCUCGUCUCUAACUAAAUAGUCUUCACAGACAUCCAAAAUUAGUACUCAAACCUCCUUUAAAUAAAAUCAAAAAUAUUAAAAUGUAAGAUCAAAGUACAAAGAACCGAAAAAGAUUCCUGGGUCAACACCUUAUGAUCCAACAAAUAGUUCUGGGAAAUUAUCUGCAAUAUCAUAAAAUCCAUUUAGAAUAGUAAUAAAAUUUAGUAUGACAAAUUUUGCUGAUUAUAUCAAUUUAAAGUAAGUAUGUUAAAGAUUUUUUUAUGAAUUGGAAUCCAACAUUCAUAAUUUUUAAUACAUAAAUCCUGCAUAGUUUUAGAAUGUUAAACAAGUUGUAGAAUAGUUGAAGGUGAUAUAUUUUAACUCAUAAAUAAAUCGCUAUUCAACUUUUCAUGAAAAAAUGAACUCUAUGUUUUAAUAUGGAGCAACCAAAUUGAAUUUGCCUGAUAAAUUAGUUGAAUCCCUUUAACUUAAUAUUUCAAGUGCUCGGGUAAACAAAAAAUAAUUCACUCCUUAAAUAUUAUUUAGGAAAUUAAAUUUUGCUUCUCAUUUAUACUUCAAAAUCUUAUUAGAUGGGAUCCCUAUAAAUAUGAAAAGUGAUACUUAUGAUAGCAUUUAAGUUUACUUCAAAAUAGAAUCAAAAUAUUUGAAUUUAUCAAAAGAGUUUAUGAAAACCUAUGAAUGUUAAGAGAUUCUAAAGAAAUCAAUAAAUUAAAAAGCCUUUACGUAUAUGACUGAUGGACAUUAUUUAUUCACCUAUUUUGAGAAUGAUAAAUAAAUGUUAUAUUUUUUAUGGGAGAAUUCAACAGUAGAUUUAAUGUAUUAUUUUUGGAAGUAAUUAAAGCAAAAGUACUUUUGGGUAAAUAAAGGACUAAUCUAAAAACAAUAUAAAUCAAUUAUGGAAUAAAGAUCUAAAUAAAAUAUGUAGAAUUCAAGAGCACUUUCAGAAUCAAAAUAGAAAUAAUAAGUAGAUGAUGAUAGUGAUGAUGAGUACAUAUCAUUUUAAUUGUAGAAAUAAACAACUUUAACAUUGCCUUAGAUAAAAUCGCCUUAAUAAUAAUAACAAUAACAACAACAACAACAACAAUAACUUCCUCCUAAACCAAAAAAAAAAGUAUCAACCUUUUUAAAAACUAAAGUUAUUUAAAAUAAAAUUUAAUAUGCUUCAAUGAAAGAUUAUAUGUAUGAUUAAUAAGAUUUUGAAUUGAUGAUCAAUAUUCAUACAGGAAUAAAAGGAUAAAAUUUAUUUUACUUUGUAGAUACCAAAGCAAUGCCAAAAUUGGAUGAGGAUUGUUUAUAUUUCACAUAUAAAAUGAAAGAACAUAUUAAUCUUUCAUAUAAAUUUUAUUUAGACAAUAAGUUAGGAAUGAAAGAAGCAGUUGAAAAUUUGUUUUUAUGUGAUAUCACUUUUAAGGAUAGAGACGACUUUAGAAUACUAUUCAGUGGCUUUGUAUAAAUGUUUAAUGAAGAUACAACAUCAGUUGCUAAAUAAUAUGAUGUCUCUUAUAUGGAUGUAAAAGAGUGGAGGUCUCUUAAGCUGUGGGAUGAAAAUAGGUUUGAAUUAGUAAUUUUAUUUGGUACCUAACCUUCAGUUAUUAAACUUUUAGAACUCAAACUCAUUGAUAUAAAUUGA